GCUGGUCCAAGUGGCCAGGUUUUCCUUUGGGUGUCUCUCUCACAUAAGAAGCAGAUGUGAUGAUCCGCAUUUCCUGAGUACUCCUGGUUCGGUCGAUGAGCAAGCCGUUUAUCUGCCAACGCCAGUACACUCGUUAUCAUAUGUGAUACACAACCACUAGGCACUGAAGCAUCGCCGUGGCUGCAACAGUUGUGCACAUACCGUCCGCCGCCUCGGCCCUUCAGAGUUCUCGGCCAUGGCGCCUACUGCCGUCACCCCGGACAAUAGCUCCACCGCCAGCCCUUCGGCGGAGAGUGUCAACGGCUUUUAUCAUGUGAACGCCAACGGGGACGGCUACACCAACGGACACACCAACGGCCACACUAAUGGGCACACCAACGGACAUGCCAAUGGCUAUACAAAUGGCUACUCAAACGGGUAUUCAAACGGAACCACCAAUGGCUUCGCCAACGGCGCCAACGGUGCCCCUGAGGGUUUCUCGAACCCCCUCAAACCGAUGCCCGUUGCCAUCGUAGGCAUGGCUUGCCGCAUGCCGGGAAACGUCGCCACUCCCGCUGAGUUCUGGGAGCUCUGCACCCGUGCCCGCUCGGGAUGGACCGAGAUUCCCAAGGAAAGGUUCGAUAACGCUCGAUUUCACCACCCGAACCCGGGCAAGGGCGGCGCCUUGAAUCCAGUUGGUGGCAGCUUUCUCAACGUCGACCUCGCCGCGUUUGAUGCCCCUUUUUUCGGGCUCACGGAGAAAGAAGCCAUAUCCAUGGACCCCCAACAACGCCUCCUUCUUGAGUGUACCUUUGAGGCCCUCGAAAGCGCCGGGAUUCCGAAGCACGACGUCGUUGGAAAGAAUGUCGGCGUUUUCGUCGGCGGCUCAUUCCCGGAGUACGAAUCACACCUAUUCCGGGAUUCUGAUACAAUCCCUAUGCACCAGGCAACUGGAUGUGCAUAUGCCAUGCAGUCUAACCGGAUCUCGCAUUUCUUUGAUUUGAGAGGGCCAAGCUUCACAUCAGAUACGGCAUGCUCGUCUAGCAUGGUUGCUGUGCAUCUGGCAUGCCAAAGUCUACGUUCUGGCGAGACGAAUUGCGCCCUGGUCGGUGCCUGUCAUCUGAACAUGCUGCCCGAGUUUUGGGUCUCGUUUUCCACUUGCAGACUACUCUCAGACACGGGCCGUUCUUUUGCCUUCGAUAAUAGGGGUACUGGGUUCGGCCGUGGCGAAGGCUGCGGCAUGCUUGUGCUGAAACCGCUGGAUCAAGCGAUCCGGGACAAUGACACUAUCCGGGCCGUCAUUGCUGGGACCGGUUUGAACCAAGAUGGAAAGACGCCUGGCAUUACCAUGCCCAACGGGACAGCCCAAGAGGAUCUUAUGAGGCAGGUUUACAGGAAUGCGGGACUUGACCCCCAUGCGUGCGGUUUUGUUGAGGCGCAUGGAACGGGUACAAGAGUCGGGGAUCCGAUCGAAGCCACCGCCAUCCGCAACGUGCUCGGUCUGAAGAGGACAGUACGCGAUCCGCUGUGGAUGGGCUCUGUGAAAUCCAACAUUGGCCACCUUGAGGGUGCUUCAGGAAUCGCGGGCAUCAUCAAGGCGGCAUUGAUGCUUGAACGUGGCUUUAUCCUGCCCAACUACGACUUCAAGCAACCAAACGCAAAGAUUUCCUGGAAGGAAUGGCAUCUUAAGGUCCCUACCUCUCAACGGCCAUGGCCAAAGGGUAAAAAGUACAUCAGCGUCAACAACUUUGGCUUUGGUGGGACGAACGGGCACGUCGUCCUUGAGGCCCCGCCGUUCCGCAAACAGAAGCCUUCGCCGCCACCUGGCAUCGCCACUCCCGACGACGAGGGUCAGGGACGCAAACUUUAUGUAAUCACGGCCAACGACAAGGCGGCACUCUCGGAGGUGACCAAGAACAUCGUCAUCUACCUCGAACAACGCCCGGAGAUCUUCCAGAAGGACCUUCCCGCGAAUUUGGCCUACACCUUGGGCCAGCGCCGCUCGCUUCUGCAAUGGAGAGUUGCUAUCCCCGCUCUCAAUUCUUUUGAGCUCAUCGAGGCGAUCAACGGCGAGAAGUUCACUCCUGGAAAGGAGACGGAGCCGUUAAGGAUCGGCUUCAUUUUCACCGGACAGGGAGCACAGUGGUAUGCCAUGGGGCGAGAGCUCUAUGAUCAAUACCCAACAUUUUCCAGCAGCCUUCACCGAGCCGAUCGAUGCUUAAUCGAGACUGGCGCCGAGUGGUCACUCAUAGACGAAUUGGAUAGGGACGCAAAUGACAGCCGGGUUAGUGAAGCUCAUAUCAGCCAGCCGUCAUGUACUGCUAUCCAGCUGGCGCUCGUUGACCUCUUGCGGUCUUGGGGUGUCCGCCCGACCGCUGUCGCCGGCCACUCGAGCGGUGAGAUUGCGGCAGCGUACGCCGCCGAGAUCAUCGAUUUCGAGUCCGCCAUGACUAUCGCAUACCACCGCGGAAGACUUAUCCCGAUUCUCAAGGGGAGGCACCCGGAGCUUCGGGGCCGGAUGAUGGCCGUUGGCGGGAGCAAGGAAGAGUUUCAGCCCAUUCUCGACGGUCUCAAGGAGAAGCAAGCGCGUAUUGCGUGCUAUAACAGCCCCUCAAGUCUCACCAUCUCCGGGGACGAACCCGCUAUUGCCGAGCUCGAGAAGAUUUGCCAGGAGAAGCAAGCCUUCAAUAGGCGCCUCGUGGUCGACGUUGCCUAUCAUUCGCAUCACAUGGACCUGGUGGCCAAGGAAUACGGAGCAUCGCUCGCCCACACUCGGCCUCCCGUCCCCACAGACAUCAGAUUCCAUUCGUCACUGCAUGGCCAUCUCGUUGAUGGCACCGAACUGCAGUCCAACUACUGGGUGGAUAACUUGACCUGCGCCGUGCGUUUUUCAGAGGCACUACAAAGCAUGCUCGAGCCGACCGGCGAGCACAAGCAUGGGGUCAACAUGCUCGUAGAACUUGGGCCGCAUUCUGGGCUCCAGGGGCCGAUCAAGCAAGUCUUGAAGGAACUCGGUGGCAGCGCCGUGAAGAUCCCUUACGCCUCCGCCCUGGUUCGGAAACGGGAUGCCGUAGAGACGGCGCUGGAACUCGCGGCGAGCCUGUUUGCCAAAGGUGCAAACCUUGACUUUGGCUCAAUAAACUUCCCCACACCAACGAAGCCACCCAUGCUGCUCACUGACUUGCCUCGGUACCCAUGGAACUAUUCAUCCAAAUACUGGCAGGAGUCUCGUAUGACGAAGAUGCACAAAACCGCCUCGGGCGGUAGAAACGACAUUCUAGGCACCCUGGCCAACUACUCCAACGACUUGGAGCCAACUUGGCGCAACAUUGUCCGGCUCGAUGAUAUCCCGUGGUUGGAACACCAUAAGAUCCAGUCCUUGACCAUCUUCCCCAUGGCCGGAUUCAUUGCGAUGGCACUUGAGGCGGCGGCUCAGCGAGCAGCUACGAGAAACACUUUGCUCGACAGGUUCGAGCUGAAAGAGGUUUCCAUCACCAAGCCCCUUGUUAUUCCGGACAAGGAUACCGAAAUGACCAUCACUCUGAGGCCCCGCCAGGAGCCGACCGCGGACACCUGGGAUGAGUUUCGGAUCUGCUCAUGGUCAUCUGAUCAGGGUUGGACAGAACACUGCAUCGGUCUCAUUGCUGCGCUGGAAGCGGACGAGAACAAUGUGGACGGCGCAAAGCAAGCCCGUGAUGCCGAGUCUCGCCUCAGGUCGGCACUUUCUGGUGCCGGACGGCCGGAAGCCGCGUCGGUCACCACCAAUGUCAUGUACGACAGCUUGGCCGAGCUGGGCGUGGCAUAUGGAUCUCUUUUCCAGGGGAUCACCAACUGCCGCGCAUCCGACACACAUGCAGUAGGCGAUAUUGUGAUGCCAGAUGUCGCAAAGGAGAUGCCGAACGGGUAUCUAACGGAUUCGGUGAUUCAACCUGCCUUCUUGGAAUCCCUCAUCGAGAUGUAUUGGCCCAUCGUGGGUGCCGGUCGACGAGCCAUCAACACAAUCUACCUACCGUCGUCAGUCGACCGCAUGACAGUCUCGCUCAAUGUUGGGCGUUUCACCCAAACGCCUGGCAGCGCUGUGCGCGCCAUCUGCGAGGGAGAAAUACCCACUGGCGCCCCUAAGCCAACAAAGGUCAGCAUGACUGCUGUCGCUGGCGAUGACAGUCUUGAGGCAAUCAUCUCCCUCGAGGGACUCACGGUGUCUCCGAUCUUAGACGGCGAGCCGGAAGCAAACAUAAACGCCCCGAGAGACUUAUGUUACAAAUUGGAAUGGGACCCGGUCCUCCAGGUCAAAGGCGAGAACCCACCAUUCUCUAGCGGCACUGAGGUCGUCAUUAUCCACGAAGAUUCUAGCUUCCAGAGCCUCGUGGCCAUGUACGUGGCCAACUCCUUGGAGCAAACCACUGGAAAACUGCCCGAGUUUGGCACACUGGAUACCGUGAACGCCACUGGGAAGAUUUGUGUCUUCUUGAACGAGCUGCACCAACCGUUCCUGGCGACACUCACGCCUGCUCAGUUUGAGAGUCUGCAAAGGCUCUUGACGUCUGUCGAGGGCGUCUUGUGGGUGGUGCGCGGAGCUUACGAGAAGUCCAUAAACCCGGAUGCCAACAUGGUUACUGGGUUGAGCAGAACCAUACGAUCCGAGACUGCCAUGAAGUUUGCGACUCUUGAUCUGGACGCUGAGUCACAGCUUCCUGACCUCGACACGGUCGACACUAUCAUGGAUGUGUUCGACUUCGUAUUUGGCCCAGCCUCAUCAGCGACCGGAGAACUCGAGUUCAGGGAGAAGGCCGGAGCGCUUUUUACCCCCCGGAUCGUUCUCGAUCUUGAUAUGAACACAUAUGUGCACAACCAGACCAACCCAUCCGUGCUCGAGUUGACACCAUUUGGGGACGACAACCGAAACUUGAAGAUGGAGAUGUCAACACCAGGCGCCUUGGAUACCAUUCACUUCGUCGAUGACUCGUCUCUUGACCAACCACUGGGGUCUGAUGAGAUUGAACUCGAAGUCAAGGCCAUUGGGUUAAAUUUCAAGGAUGGCAUGGCCGCGAAGGGUUUGGUUCCUCUCGCUAGCAGCGGCCUCGAGGCAAGCGGAGUUGUCACAGCAAUCGGGUCCAACGUGACGGGCUUCCAUGCUGGCGACCGGGUAGCGGCAUUUACACAAGGUGCUUUUGCUGCACGGGCAAGAGCAAAGGCAUAUUUCGCCUUCAAGAUUCCCAGAUACAUUUCCUUGGAAGCGGCCGCCAGUCUGCCCCUCGCCUACUCCACGGCAUACUACAGCCUAGUAGAGCUUGGCCGCCUCGGCGAAGGCGAAACGGUCCUUAUUCACUCCGCAGCCGGUGCCGUUGGUCAGGCGGCCAUUUGCGUUGCGCAGAUGAUUGGCGCCGAGGUGUUUGCUACCGUCGGAAACCCCAAGAAGAAGGCGCUGUUGGUGAACGAGUACGGGUUACAGGAGGAUCAUAUCUUCUACAGCCGCAACAGCUCCUUUGGGGACGCGAUCCGGCACGCUACAGACGGCCAGGGCAUAGACGUCAUCCUCAAUUCCCUCACUGGGGAGGGGCUCCGUGAGUCCUGGAAGUGCCUCAACAAAUUCGGCCGCUUCAUUGAGAUCGGGAAGCGGGAAAGCGGCUCGAAGGCUCGUCUGGACGUUGACAGCAUCGACAGCAACGCCAGCUUCAUGUCCCUUGACAUGUUCACUUUGAUUGCCGAGCGGCCGAGAACGGUCAAACGCCUCCUUGCAGACGUCGCCCAAGUCUUGAAGUAUGGAAAGAUCCGUCCUGUGACUCCUGUCAUGCAGUUUGCGAUCUCGGAUAUUGAGGCCGCGUUGAAGGCGCAGCAGACUGGGAAUAUGAUGGGGAAGCUUGUCGUUGUGCCUAAGGCGACUGAUGUUGUCAAGGCGGCAAAGUCGAGGAAGGUAAAGGCCCUUCUCCGUCCCGACGCAACUUACAUCCUUGUUGGUGGCACCGGAGGUCUUGGCCGAAGCAUGGCCCGCUGGAUGGUGGCCAAGGGUGCCAGAACCAUCGUCUUGGUUUCCAGGAGCGGAUCUGUGACGGGCCGGGUAAAGGAACUCGUCGACGAGCUCGGAGCUGUUGGAGCUAACAUCGUCGUCCGUCCCUGCAACGUGGUCAACAAGUCCGAAGUGGACGAGCUCAUCGCCUCUGGUCUGGAUGGCCUACCUCCCAUUCGUGGUGUGGUUCAUGGCACGAUGGUGCUUAGGGAUGUGCUGUUCGAAAAGAUGACGUGGGAAGAAUACACCCAGGUCAUCGAGGGCAAGGUGCAAGGUGGAUGGAACUUCCACCACGCGCUAGCAAACUCCCCACUUGACUUCUUCGUUGCCAUCUCUUCCGCUUCCGGCGCCGUCGGCAACCGCGGCCAGGCAGCUUACAGCGCAGCGAACUGCUUCCUCAACGCCCUAGUCCAGCACCGCCUCGCCCAGGGUCUACCCGCGUCGUCCCUCGACCUGACCGCCGUGUCCGACUCCGGUUACCUCGCCGAGGACCUUGAAAAAGCCGCCGAGGUCGCCCGGAACCUCGGCAGCGACAGCAUCUGCGAGAACGAGGUACUCGCCCUGCUGAACGCCGCCAUCGACGGCACCCUGGGCUCCACCUGCAACAACCACACCAUCACCGGAAUGCGCAUCACAGCCGCGAUGCGACCGUUCUGGACGGACGACGCCAAGUUCAAAGCGAUGCGCCUCGCGGCCGAGGAGGAAGCCGCCAAGGACGCGUCGCUCAACGCGGUGGUGUCGUUCAACGCGGCGCUGCGGGCGGCCAAGACGCGCGCCGAGGCCGAGGACGCCGUGUGCCGCGGGCUGGUGGAUCGUAUUGCCUCGGUGCUGAUGAUGGACGCCGAGGAUCUCGAUGUGGCGCGCUCCCUGUCGCAUUAUCCGCUGGACUCGCUCGUGGCGAUCGAGAUUCGUAACUUUAUCACGCGCGAGUUUGAGGCCAACUUGCAGGUGCUGGAGUUGUUGUCGAGCGGGUCGAUCCAGACGCUGGCGAAGGCUGUGUGUGCGAAGAGCAAGCUCGUUCCUGCUUCUCUUGGGGAGUAGAGUUGGUGAUAUAUGGGUUGUGGAUGUGGUGUUGUCGUUUCUCCUAUUGUGGGCUAUGUUGUCUAGCGUGUCUUUUAGCUUUUCCUUAAGUUGUCAUGGGCCUAGGAAUUAUUUCUUUGUUUUUGAUUGCUUUCAUCCUUACCGUUGUACCUUUUGGAUAUUUGAUUCUCAUCAUGAUUUCGUCCGGGUUCCGGUCCUGUUUGUCAAGUUGAUUAGUCGUAGCUAGUACAUACGCUAGAGCUGUUUGCGCCUACAUAUUGAGCAUUUUCCAAAAACGAAGGACACGAUGCUCAGCCACAUGUUCAUCUUCCACGGCGUUGAUCCCGAACGG